UUUGUUGAUUUUCAUAAUCGGUCAUAUUCAGUUUCUUGUUGGGUUUAUUGAAAUUUCUGCGUGAAAAGUAUAACUAAGUGAUCUUGUCUCUAAGGAAGGCGCACAUAAAGUAUUAGAUUCGGCCCUGAUGCUGUCUAAUAUUUAUUUAUAGUAAUAGAUCGUCAAGAAUGGGUCUAAUAUCCGAGCCAUUGUUGUUCGUAUUAGCUUUAAUCGAUACCGGUUCAUUGCUUUUUAUACUGGUGUAUUUCAUAAUAGCUCUGUCAGACCUGGAAUGCGACUAUUUAAAUGCUCAACAGUGUUGUUCGAAACUGAACACGUGGGUAGUGCCGAAAAUUAUAGUACAUUCGUUCCUAGAGGUACUACUAUUGCUACAUGGGCAAUUAAUACUGUAUUUAGUAAAUUUGCCUAUGACCCUGUGGUUGCUCUAUGAAUACUUCGGGGUACCUAGUGGUAACAUGGGAGUUUAUGACCCUACAGAGAUCCACAAUCGUGGACAAUUGAAAAGGCAUACAAGAGAUUGUAUGAUCUGCAUUGGAUACUACUUAAUUUUCUUUUUUAUAUACAUUUAUUGUAUGAUUAUGGCGUUACUGAAAGGUGAUCCGAUCAAUAGAGAUGAGGAUGGAAUAAUUCAAACGCUUUAGUAGUAAAGAUGAUAUUUAAACUUUUGUACAUCACUAUCUUUUACGUUGAUCGCGUUUGAUCAAUUAUUUUGUUAUGUUAUGCAAAUGCCAAAUGGAAUUUUGUUAAGAUACGUGAAAACUACACUUCUCCGUUGCGAUUGUCUCUAACUUGUGUAUCACACAUUUAAGAACUGAUAUUUCUUAAAUAUAAGACUUCCAUAACAUCAUAGUGAUUUAAUUGUAAUUGCAGUAAAGACUAGAAGCGAGCCAAUAUCACCAGAAUUCAGAUCGUUUCGUUUGAUUUUAAAAAUACAGUUUUGGAGGAUGUUGGUUAAACUUCGUUCUUUACUGUACACAUAAGUAUGUAAGAACAGAAACGGUUUAUCUGUGGAGUCAUUAGCCAAUAUACAAAAUAGAUGUACCGUAAUUAAAAAUGGAUUAGACUUGCUUAGUAUCGUGAUCUUACUAUAAGUUUUUGAAAAUUGCUUUUUAAUUCAGCUAUUGUGACGUCAUUAAAAUAAAAUAUGCAGUGGCUCGUUAAAUCGAA